AAGCAGGGCGCCCGGCACAAGAGCUGCGGUUGGGCCUGCGGCUGGGAUGUCGGUGUUGCGGCCGCUGGACAAGCUGCCUGGCCUGAACACGGCCACCAUCUUGCUGGUGGGCACGGAGGAUGCUCUUCUGCAGCAGCUGGCGGAUGCGAUGCUCAAGGAGGACUGCGCCUCUGACCUGAAGGUCCACUUGGCAAAGUCCCUCCCUCUCCCCUCCAAUGUGACUCGGCCCCGAAUUGACCUGAUUGUGUUCGUGGUCAACCUUCACAGCAAAUACAGCCUCCGGAACGUGGAGGAGUCCCUGCACCAUGUGGACGCUGCCUUCUUCCUGGGGAAGGUGGGCUUCCUCGCCACAGGCGCCGGACGGGAGAGCCACUGCAGUGUUCACCGGAACACCGUGGCGAAGCUGGCCCACACCUACCGAAGCCCCCUGCUCUUCUGUGACCUGGAGGUGGAAGGCUUCCGAGCCACCAUGGCGCAGCGCCUGGUACGUAUGCUGCAGAUCUGCGCUGGCCACGUGCCUGGUGUCUCGGCCCUGAACCUGCUGUCCCUGCUGAGGAGCUCUGAGAACCCCUCCCUGGAGGACCUGUGAGGGCCACCGGCCCCCAGGCUGCCCCUCCCCACACCUUGGUGCCUGGCUCAGUAAACAUGCACUGUUGCUGCAGACCGGGUCACGGCUUGAGAGGCUCUGGGUCAGCGGUCAGUUCCCCGCGGGGCCCAAACUCCUCUGCCCUCCAGCAGGGCGUGCUGGGGAAGGAGGGGGUCCAGCUGGUGGGACUCCAGCACCCCACCCACUCCACGCUCGCUCCAGCAGAGCCCUGUGUCUUUAUCCAUCUGACGUACUGCAUCUCCACUUAAGACUUCAUUUGAACAAAGAGUCCAUAGCUAAAAAAAGUUUGAAAAUCACUGGUCUCACCCACCACUUUGAUUUUGCAGAUGAGGAAACUGACUCAGAACAAUUGCGAGCAGGGUCGGGGGAGGGGCUUGGACUCUGUGCACCCAGCCUGACUCCAUGUCCUGGCCUCGCCUUUCCCACAGAUGCUGUGCUGCCUCUUAGAGGCUCAGUCUCCCCAGGUGUAAAAUGGAGAGUGUUCUCCUCUCCUUGUUGCGUAGCGAGGACUGAAUGAAGUGACAGAGGUGACGUGCCUGAGCUUGUGUUACCCUGAUCCCUGAAUGCAUGCUUGGUGUCUUUCCUAAUAAAUUGUAUUCAGGCCUCGCACCGUGCCGGCAGAGCUCUCA